AUGAUAAACAAAACCGUUAGUGUGGUCAUUCCCACAUCUGUUGUUUUUAUGUGAACGGUUAAAGGGGGAAUCUUUCGAAUGAAGUAUGGCAACAGUCAAAAAGGAUGCUCGACUGACGAGUUCGCAAAGUUUGAUGUGCGUCGGUUUUGCCGGGAUUUUUAGCAAAACUGUAACUUCGCCGUUGGAAGUCGUCAAGAUUUUGAGCCAAGUAGGAACAUUUCACUGUAAACGCGGCUUCCUGGACAGCUUUGUUUUAAUUUGUCAGAAUGAGGGACUUCGAGCAUUUUGGAAGGGUAACAUGGUUUCCUGUCUACGGCUGUUUCCCUACAGUGCCAUACAUUUAGCAACGUACAAAAAUAUUGUGAACCUUCACGUAGAUGAACUGGGUGAUAUCUCACAAUGGAGAGCCAUAGUGGCCGGUGGACUGGCAGGCAUAUCUGCAGCUCUAGCAACAUAUCCACUGGAGGUGGUUGAAACCAGACUUAUUGCUCAGAAUUGCCAAGAACCAACGUACAGAGGCUUGCUGCAUUCUCUCUCUGUCAUAUACAGAAAUGAAGGACUUCAGGCUCUCUACAGGGGCUUCUCCCUCACAGUUUUGGGUGCUGUUCCCUUCUCGGUUGGCUGCUAUGCAGUUUAUAUCAACUUGGAUAAAUUGUGGCAGGAGCGUCAUGUUCGCUUCACGUCUUUGCAGAACUUCAUCAAUGGCUGUCUUGCGGCAGGAGUCGCUCAAACUCUCUCCUUCCCCUUUGAAACUGUGAAAAAGAAAAUGCAGGCUCAGAGUCUUGUUUUGCCCCACUGUGGAGGAGUUGAUGUCCAUUUUAAGGGCAUGGCAGACUGCUUCAGACAGGUCAUCAAGAACAAGGGUGUCAUGGCUCUGUGGAGUGGCCUUACAGCCAACAUGGUGAAGAUUGUCCCAUAUUUUGGCCUGCUCUUCAGUUGCUUUGAGAUGUGUAAGCAGGUCUGCCUUUACCGGAACGGCUAUAUCAUUUCUCCACUAAGCUAUAAGCUUAAACCUGGUGUGGACCAAAGCCUAGGCCCAUAUGAACUGCAGGAAUUUAAGCGCUACCUAAGAAACAGAAAAUCACACAAAGCACAGAGUUCAUCAAUAGGAAACCGUUGGUAAAAAACAUCCAAGAAGAUUAUCAGGAAUGAACAGACCUCCAAGAAUGUCUACUGCUGCAGUGCAGUAUUUUGUGAAGUAUAUUUGAUUAUUAUGAAGAACAUGUAUUGUAUUUAACAUCCGACAGGCUGUUUUUGGAAUAAUGCAUUUAUUUACUUGAAGCACAUCCAUUAUGUACAUUUUACAAAAACAAUGAGACAGGUCCUUAAUGGAAAGUGGUGCACCUGUGAGGCAGUAUUUAAGGUGCUUAUUGAUAACAAUGUUGACAUGUAUUGCUUUUACUGUAUGUGCUACUGAAAUGGUGUUUUAAGAAGUGUGGAAAAGUUUUAGCAUUUCUCAGGAAUAAUGUUGAGCAUCAUUUUAACAGUGUAAAGCAAUGCCUUUGUCAAACAAAGUUUUCGUAUAUUUAGUAUAUACAAAGUUUUUACGGUAUUUUACCUCACAUGCCUUUUAAAGGUAUUUUGUUUAUAAACCACAAACUUUUCAUGUCAUAUUGUGGUGGAUUUUAAUAUUGGUUUAUUUGAUAAUGGUUGAGAGUAUCUGCAUUGUAAAGAAUUGUAUAUACUCUGCGGAUCUGGACACACAGUAACCCAGGAACCACUGACUUUGAAUCAGAUAUUAGCAUAUUUGAAUAUUAAAAGGGUGUAUCGUAAAGACCUCUCUUAUUUAACUAUAAAAGUAGCUUACAUUGUAAAAAAAUAUGAAAAGCAAUAAACAUAACUUUAUGUUA